AUGUCGACGCUAAUCACAGGCGAGACGUCGUUUACGCUGCUGCAAGACCUCGAGAAAGAAAUCAAGACAUGGGUGGACACCGGCAACAUCCCGAAGCUGGAAAAAUUGGUGCUGAACGGGUUCGGCGACUUUCUGGUGGGCGUCAUCGACGAAACAAACAACAAGACGAGUCUCAAGUUCCUGCAAACCCUGCCCCAGUACCAGGUAUGA